UGGAGGGGAUCACCUGGUCAAUACAGACACUUUGGCGCGAAUCUCCGUGUCGGCUCAUGGACCUUAACUUGUGGAUGCGAAGAUGGGCGCUGCUGUGGAUCCUUGUGUUGUGCCGAGGACAAACAGACGAGGACGAGAAGCGACCCUACAAGUUCGCGUUCGCCAUCGAAGGAUACCAACACCGCUCGGAGGAGAAGGAUGAGAAAGGCAUCAUCAUGGGAGAGUUCGGAUUUGUGACUGGAGACGGAGUCUAUCACGUGACUGUGUACGCCACUGAUGAAAACGGAAACUUCAAGAUUCUCAAGAUGAAAAACUACUACAUCGGACUACCUGGAGAAGGGACGACAGUGGCUCCAACCAGAGCUCCACCCCCCACGACAAGGGCGACUACUUCAGCUCCUGUACCUUCAACCACCAAAUCUUCCGUGAUUAAACAUCUGGAGGGGCUGAUGGGGUGUAGCGGAUGUAUCGUGCCUAUCAAGAACGGUCAAGGGUCCAAAGGGACCCCAGGGGACCACUCCACCAUCCAACUACGGCGAGGGACUUAUAGAAAACAGGUUUGGAAACGGAGGGAACAAGAGUCCAGGAAUUUCAGGAGUAAUGCAUUUGGAGGAGGUUCCCCAAGCCUUGGAGGUGGGGGGACUUAUACUGGUGGAGCCGGAGGAAAUAGGGGUGUAAGUGGAACCUACGGGGGAACUGGAGGUGGAAAUGGAGGUAUUGGAAUAACAGGAGGAGGAGGAGGAGGAGGAGGUAGUGCAUCCCCAGGAGUUGGAGGAAUUCAAGGAGGUGGAAACACCUACUCAGGGGUCGGAGGAGGAAGUGGUGGUGGAUUUGGAUCAGGAAGUCCCGGAUCUGCUUCUCAAACUCCAUCCAACCCUACUUCAGGACCUAACUCUGGAGGAAACUACGGAACACCCGGAAAAUCCCCAGGAUCUCAACCCACGGGAUCGCAAAAUCCCAACCUCCCACCAGGAAUGUCAAUGGAAGACCUGAUGGCGUUACUCUACAAAUUCAACUACACGUUGAAAUACCAUGGCCAUCACGAGUCAGGAUAUAGGAAUGGAAACAAAGAAGGUGGUUACUUCUUCAACGGGCGAGACGGGUUCGGGAGAAAAGUGCAAUAUAUUGCGAACGAGUUCGGGUUUCAACCCAACAUUACCUUGGUAGACUUGGGUUUGAAACAUCCUGAUACGCCACAAGGGGAAAAUGAAGAUAAUGAGUUGAGGGGGAAUGAGUUUAAAUGGUUCUAUAAAAGAUGAGUUUUUGCAAUUCUACAUUAGAGUUGUAAGCUUAGAAUGGUUUUUGGACUGUAAGUAGUAAGUGUGGAGAACUGUUGUUUUCUAUAUUUUAUUUUACAAUCUAGCCUACUGUCAAACCUGCAUGUACACUCGAUAAACACAAAAAUAUAAAAUGUACAUACAAAUAUAAAUUUAAUUUAAUAAAAAAAGGUUUACAAUUUUAAUGUAAUGACUUAGUAUACCAUAUUUAUUUAUCAAACGUCGUGUCACUGACACACCUAAUUUAUCUUCUUAGGUUAUUGCUUUAUAUAAAUGUGUAUGAGUAGUUAUAUUUUUUAACUUGUAAUUGAUAAUUUGUAACAUUCCUUAUUUGUAAGGGUACAAUUCAAAUUUCCUAAUAGAUUUUGUACAAAAAUAAACACGAUUUAAAACCAAA